AUGUCAAUCUCUCUCUCUCUCUCUCUCUCUCUCUCUCUCUCUCUCUUUACCACGGCCACAACACUAUCUAUCUAUCUAUCUAUCUAUCUAUCUAUCUAUCUAUCUAUCUAUCUAUCUCAGUCUGUUCAUUAUCUAUCUAUCUAUCUAUCUAUCUAUCUAUCUUAUUAUCUAUCUCAGCCUGUUCAUUAUCUAUCUAUCUAUCUAUCUCAGCCUGUUCAUUAUAUAUCUAUCUAUCUAUCUAUCUGUUGUGUUGUUCCUCUCUGUCUUUUUGGUUUGCUUUCUUUCUUUCUUUCUUUCUUUCUUUCUUUCUUUCUUCUUUGCUUGCUUCGUUAUUUAUUUAUUUAUUCCUUUUACACUUUCUUUCAUGUUUUUCUUUCUUUCUAUCUUUUUUCUUUCUUUCGUUGUUUCUUUCUUUCUUUGUUUCUUUCUUUCUUUCUUUCUUAUUAUCCUAACCCCCCAGUAUUUUUCCUCCUUUCUCCUUCCUCAUAUACCUUACAUUUUUUUUAUUUUAACAUCUUUCUUUUUUUCUUUUUUGUCUUUCUUUCUAAUCUCCAAUCUCACUUUUUCUUUCUUUCUUUCUUUCUUUCUUUACUUUUUUAUUCUCUCUCAUCAUUUUCUUCCGUUCCGUCUUCUUUGUCUUCUUUUUUACAUUUUUUUCGUCAUUUUUCCAUCUACUUCGUUGUUUGUUUUGUUUGUUUGUUUUUCUUUCUUUCUUUCUUUCUUUCUUUCUUUCUUUCUCAAAAAUCACAUUGUUUUACUGUUUCUAACUGUCUCCACGCCUUAUGGCACACCAUUAUACUGCCUACAUCCAAGCUGGUCUUCACCCCUUCUGUGAACUUUUUACCGUAUUACUAUUGUUUUGCUUAUUUUUGUCGUGCAUAUCUAUCUAUCUAUCUAUCUAUCUAUCUAUCUAUGAGGUCGUUCUUUAUCUAUCUAACUAUCUAUCUAUCUAUGAGGUCAUUUUUAUCUAUCUAUCUAUCUAUGAGGUCAUUUUUAUCUAUCUAUCUAUCUAUCUAUCUAUCUAUCUAUCUAUCUAUCUAUAAGGUCGUUCUUUAUCUAUCUAUCUAUCUAUCUAUCUAUCUAUCUAUCUAUCUAUCUAUCUAUGAGGUCGUUCUUUAUCUAUCAAUUUAUCUAUAUAUCUAUGAGGUCGUUCUUUAUCUAUCUAUCUAUCUAUCUAUCCAUCUAUGA